CUCAGGAAGAAAAUGGCAAAGUGAUCUGCUAAUUUAAUCUUCGUCGCAAUUACUUACCUAAUCGUGAUAGGUGUGGAUGCGAACUUUGUGUUUAUCGGGAUUCUCCCAGAAAUUUCAUCUGGAAAUUAUGUAGGGCCAUAUCUUCACUUUGCUUUUGUGCAAUGCAUUGUCUUCUUGAUAUUUUGGUCACACACAGUAUGAAUGAUGUCGAAUCCAGGAUGAUUUCCAAAAGAGUAUAGGAAACUAGAUUUGGAUCUUUUAUCAGAAGGAGCAAAAGAGUUUUAUCAAGUUGCUCUAGAUGCGAUUGAGGAAAAGAAAAGGAGAAAACAAGCAUUAGAAAAUAAUCAGCUUGAAGAAGUGGCAAAGCUCAGAACUAUGUAUGAGAAAACAAGCAAGAUUAAGGGCAUGACAGGGACAGAAAAGGAUUUGUUAAUCGCUUUGUUCAAGAACAAAUGUAGAAAAUGAAAAUCUUUAAAGCCUCCAAAAUCUCAUCAUUGUAGUCAGUGUAAUGCAUGCAUUGCAAGGAUGGACCAUCAUUGUCCUUGGGUUAACAAUUGUGUUGGGAUUAGCAACCAGAAAUCAUUCAUUUUAUUCUGAAUCUAUGUCUGAUUUGGCAGUAUGUAUGCUCUUUCAGUAACUAUAUAUUACACUUAUCAUUGUAUUUAUGAACAAUGAGUAACCUUUAUUGAGCCCAUUGCCACAAUUAUGAACUGUGUGGGCAUCUUCUUAGCUGUUUUAUUUGCAAGCUUCACUGGAAUCAUGUUUUAUGACCAAAUGUGGUGCAUAAUUUUCGAAACUUCAACUAUUGAUAAACUCAAAAAGACACUCCGAAAAGAGAGUGGAAAAGGGACUUGGGAGUUAAUAAAGGAAUCAUUUGGAGAAGAUUUCUCUUUGAGAUGGUUUAUUCCAAUACAGAUUGAGAGAAAAAUAACAAUCGAGAGCCAGUACUAAAAUUCUUCAACAUUCUUGAU